CUCGACGCCAUUCAAGGAUGCUACUGCGCGCGGCGUCUCGUCUGAUCUCGUCGCCGUCGUUGCGAGGCUUCUCAUCUUUGGUUAGCUUGACUGUCAACGGAAACCCCUGCCAUGCUACCAUCUCCAAGUCGCUGGACAACAAGAAGGUCAUCUUAUGCCUGCCUGGAGCGUUGGGCACAGGAGCGACGGACUUUCCGGCGCAGUUGACUGGUCUCACGGAUGAAUACUCUAUUAUCGCAUUCCAUCCAGACACAUCGCAGGCCCAAUCCCUCAACUUCCUCGAGAAAGACGCGCACGACGCCGCCGCGUUCAUGACAGGCCUCGGCUACGACAAGUAUUCCGUGCUAGGGUUUAGCGAUGGAGCCAACAGUGGCGUCAUUCUGGCGGCCGAGUACCCUCAGCACAUGCAGCGCUUGGUGCUGAUGGGCGGCAACGCUUUCUUGACGGACGAAGACUUGGCUUUGUACGCUGCUUGCGCGGACGUGGCAACGUGGAGUGACGAGCGACGAGAACAAAUGAUAGCUGUUCAUGGCGGAGUCGGGCCAUUCCAAACCAAGUGGACAGAAUGGAUCGCUACGAUGGCUCGCCUCCUCGACGACAAGAAUGGUGACCUCUGCACCGCCUUCUUGCCCGACGUCAAGUGCAAGACCCUGGUGCUGCACGGCGAACAGGUUGUUGUUCAUACUAGCAUUACUAGGAUGCAAUACUAACGACAGCUCAUCGUGUCUCACAGGACUCGCUCGUGCCUACAUUCCAAGGCGAGUACUUGAGCGAACGCAUUUUGCACUCGAAACUCGUCAUGUUGCCCGACGCCGACCACGCGUUUCACAUGGAAGACCAGUGGUCCGCCCACACCAACCAACUCAUCCGAACGUUCCUCAACGAACCCGACGACAGCGCCACCCACAGCCGCGAGUUUUCUGCGAUGCCCCCCAAGGACCGCAAACGAAGCUCCAUCGUCACGCACUCGGGGCCACGAUGCUAGCUAGCUCGGUAGACUUUCUCUAACACCAGAACUUUUUGCACGACCAAUUACAAUACUACGACAUAUUAAUACUAUUAAUAGUAUACUACUGUAGAA